CCUCCCCGAGAAGAACGCUGGACCGAGGACCAGGGUGAGAUACAGGGAUAUCCAACCCAAAAAAAUAAGGUAUCCCACUGGCCAUCAGGAAUGUGUCGGCAAGCGUCCAUUAGAUCCAUUAACACAUCGGGUUCCAUAAGCUAAAAUGGUCCAUUUUACUAUUCGGGAGGUUGUGUCCUUCUUUUGCGCGAUUCUGCCUGUCUUCCUGUUUUUGGCGCCGUUCACUGUCUUGCUGCCUGUGAUCUGUGGCAGAAGGUCACUAGACAUGCCACCGCUAGCGUUUAUCGCGCAAAUGUUGCAAUGCGGCCUCUGGUUUGUACAUGGCACCGGCUUAAGGAACUCGCAGUGCACAUAUGUGAAUUUUGGAGGUCUGGUCACAGGAUUCCUGUAUUCCAUCCUUUACCGUGUCUACAGCGGCGAAAGAGGACAGCACCAGCUCCAAGAAGUAGGAGAUGCAAAGAAUAAAGAUGGAGAGCUGCGUCAUAUAGUUCUAGUUGCUCCUUCUGGAACGGAAGAGCAGGAGCCUGAAACAGAGCAAGUAGAGCAGGAAGAGGCUGCAUGCGACGAAGAAUCGGAAAAGCUUCUCAACCAUUCUCCCAACGUGCUCUUCGACGAUGGGGAAGAAAAUUCCCUGGAAGCUCGAGGAAGAGCCUAUGACUCUUUGUCGACCCUAUAUCAUGUGGGGAAAGGAAGCGAAGCAACUACACAGGCGAAUUUUCAAGUCCGCGACCGGAACACCAAUAGCAGGGAUCCGACAUCAACUACUCGCUACACAAUUCAGUGGUCAUUUCAAUUCUCCGCUUCCGUAGUUGUUUUGCUGGUCUGCGCAAUGUUGUUUAUACUCCUUGGAGGAAGCUUCGAGUUCUUCGCUGCGAUGACAAAGCAGCUUUUUACGGAGGGCUCUAUCACGAGUGCGACGGGCGCCUAUCCUGACUAUCACGACCAUCCACAAUUACUCCCGUUGUAUUGGUUUCUCUGCAUCUUGGGGUGGCUCGCAUUUGCGUCAAAUGUCGCCAUGUUCAGCCAUCCCAUCGCGGUGUUGCCUGAAGUGCUCCGGACGGGCAAAACCGAUCUCAUGGGGUCCACUUCAAUGAAUCUCACGGGGUUCUUGAAUUCCUUUUUUUGGGCAGUUAGUGCUCUUUUCUACAUAGGCCGCAGUGGGCCCGUGUGGUCGCUUGCAGUCUCCAAUCUGCUCGGUGCACUCUUCUCCAUGAUUGCGUUGGGUCUGAGACUCAAGCUCUUUUUCUGCGGCGAGAGGGAGACGAGCACAUAAGAAGUAACAGUAAAAGCACCCUACUGAAGAACUAUAUGCAGCAGUAUCCUCGUCCUGAAGAAUUACUAUCACACGCAGCAGUUGAGGACGAAAUAUGAAGCGUCUUUUUCGAAAUGCUGACCCUGACGCCGCCGGGGAUCUUGAAGAAAAUGAGGAGAAGGAGGAGGACGCGGGCGCGGGCGCGUAUUUGUGGAGUAGAAGAAAAUGUUUUUUAUCAAUAUUCACAUUGAUACUUUUUGUUUUUCUUUUCUCGAAUCGCAAAAAAGAGGAUGGGUAUUAAGACAACAUACAAUGUACCCACUGCUGAGAUGUAUCAAGACUUCGAUGGAGUUUGAGAGGUGUAUUGUGUGCACCAAGAAGAAGUGUACUUAAGUCAGAUUUAGCGUAAAAGAGAAUGUAAGACCAUGCCCUGCUCGUAAAAUCCACGCGGAUUCAGCACAGAACAUUUCUCAUCUGGUCAAGUAUAU